GGUAUAAACAAUAUCUCCACUAUACCUCCUUACUGAGUUGAAAAACUUUUUUCAUCUCAUGUCAGUAAAUUGUCAAACUUUUUAAAAAAUUAUUUUUUGAGGAACGAUCAUAGUUUCAAACCAAAAAAUUAAAUAUGGUUAGAUGCGCAAUAAAAUUCUCUAUCGAACCUGCUAUUCAGCUUUUUGAUAUUUUCAAAUUUUUAAAUCCGGCAGGGUCCUUUUUAGACUUGUUGAAUUUAUGUGUAUGAAUCUGUACUGACUAAAGUAAAAUAAAUGAAAAAUGCGUUACAGGUCUCCUCAGAAACUGACCGCCAUUAGUUUUCAUCCGACCUUCAUGAAAUUUUCAAGGAAUGUGUAUCCCAUCGAGGAUAAAAAUGUUAAUUAAAAAUAAAAAUUUGGAGUCGAAAUAUUUAUGAUGUUCGGGUGCUUCGGGUAAAUAGUAGUAGCAAUUAGUAUUAAGUUGUUCGAAAAUCCAAUUCAUCCUCAUUGUUUAGUGUUACUUAAUAGAACUAAAUUAAACAAUGUAAUUAACAUGCAAUAUGAGAAAUAAAUAUAACAAAUAGAUAGACGAUUGUAAACAAUAAAACAAAUAUUAAAAUUUCUUUAUAAAUUCAUAAGUCUCUUUAUUUUAAUGUUCUAAAUGUAUAGAAAUGAUUUGAAAUGAUAUUCUAAAUUCUUUAAAUUUUUAAAAAAUACCAUACGCGUGUUUCGAAUCUACCCAAAGAUUCUUCAUCAAUGGUUUGUGAAUGUAAUAAUGUUGAUUAAUGAAAUUAACAUUUAUAGUUAAAAUUUAUUCAAAAAAAAAAAUUUAUAUUUAUUUUUUAAUUUUAAUUUAUUUAUUUAAAUUCAUAAAAAACAUGUAGUUAAUUUUUUUCAUUCAUUUUUUUUAUAUUUUAUGAAUUCCUUUUAACUCUUUAAGUUCAAUUUAUAUUAAUCUAACUGAAUAGUAAAUUUACAAUCAUAACUUAGUAGAGUAACUUAGUAAUUUAAAUAAUUAAUGACAUUACAAUAAUGGAUACAAAUUCUUUGAAUGUUAAUUACAUUAAUCAAUAUUAUUCCAUUCUUUGGGUAGAUUCGAAACGCGCGUUUUUUAAUAAUUUAAAGAAUUUAGAACAUCAUUUCAAAUCAUUUCUAUACAUUUAGAACAUUAAAAUAAAGAGACUUAUGAAUUUAUAAAGAAAUUUUAACAUUUGUUUUAUUGUUUACAAUCGUCUAUCUAUUUGUUAUGUUUAUUUCUCAUAUUGCAUGUUAAUUGUAUUGUUUAAUUUAGUUCUAUUAAGUAACACUAAACAAUGAGGAUGAAUUAGAUUUUCGAACAAUUUAAUACUAAUCUAAACCCUCAUUUAUCAUAUUAAGUUUUCAUAGUAGAAGUUAGGCCUUUUAUGUUUCCAAAAAAACUUCGCUUGAGUUAAUAGAUAGAGAGCUCAUUUUUUAUUCGAAAGAGGACAGAAGCUGGAAUUCCUGAUGGAGCCCGCUUUUUAAAUUACAUGUUUGUUUUGAGAAAAAAAUGUAAAUCUUUGAAAAUCACAAUCAUUUUUUUACAAAUUUUUCUCUAUGAUAUCAUCUGUAGUCGAAAUACUUUAUAAUACUAAUUAAAUUAAAACUAAUCUAACUUAAAAAAACUACUUGUCUGUGUAAACAAACAAUUUUCAUCCAAAAUUUAAACAGUACAAGUAUGCAAUUUAUACUAUUAAAAUCAAAUUGUGAUCAUAUUUAUUUAGAAGCAUGUAAAAGAGCAGAUAAAAUGGAUGAAUUCGAUUUUGAUAUGAACACUGGUGUCAUUAAAGAAGCUAAACGUCAAUUAAAGAAAGAUGUUGUUCAUAAAAGAUGUAUGAGUGUUAUAGAAAAGAAUGUUCAUAACCAACAUCAUAAUGAAAAUAUUAAUAAUCAAAUAGAAAUAAAUGACGAUUAG